UCAUGUAUUCGAUGCGUCAUUCAAAGCCAUUCGAAACGUGCUUUUGACAGUUCAUUGUGCGGGAAUUUAGAUUGCAACGCGCUACUUAUAAAAAGAUGUCAUCGGACGAAGAAGCCGACGAAAUAACCGAUUUAGAAUCAAUUCGUGAUAAAAUUUUAAGCCAGCCUCGAGGUGAUCGAAUGCAAGUAAGUGCCUGGGAAGACGAUAACGAUGGAAUUGAGGAAGAACGUAAUGCGAGAGAACCAGACAGUAAAGCGAUCCUAGAAGCAGCAGAAAUUGGUGAUAUAACAACAGUUGCACGACUGAUUACUCAAAAUUCAGAUCUAAUACAAGCCACUGAUCAUGAUGGAUACACUCCUCUUCAUAGGGCAUGUUAUGGGAACCACCCAGACAUAGUUGAGUAUUUGCUUAAAAAUGGAGCCAAAAUUGAUGCCAGGACAGCUGAUGGAUGGGAACCUCUGCAUUCUGCGUGUUGUUGGAAUAACGUAAAUUGUGCUGCUCUUCUGAUUGCCAAUGGAGCAGAUAUUAAUUCUAAAUCAAAAGGCGAUCAAACGCCUCUGCACUUAGCUAGUGCAAGCUCUCACAACUCUCCCACACUUCAGCUCUUACUCCUACAUCCUGAUAUUCAACCACAAUUAUUGAACUCCAGUGGUGAUACUGCAGAACAAAUUGCAAAACGCUCUGGAAAAUACUAUCCUUUAUUUGAAAUGACUGAGCCUUGUCUUAAUGUUAUCUGAAUAUACAUAGUUGGCCAUCAGACGUCAUUUAUAUUCUGUGAAUAAACUUGGCAUUUCUGCAUUGGAUGAAUGUUAGUAAAGUGAGUAAAAUUUGAAAAAUUUUAUUAAAAAAUCCUAAUAAAUGUUAUAAUUAAAUGUUUCUCAUCUAAAUAUUAACCAGUUUAACAUUCAAAGCUUUUCAUUCAAUAUAUUUUAUACUAAAAUCUAAAACUGGGAUAUGAUGACUACAAAACUAAACAGAUAAUUUGUAUUUACAAUCGAUAAAAUAAUCAUCCAUUCCUCAUUA